GAGAAAGAAAGAAAAGGCUAGUAUGGAAGAGUUCUUUAAAGUUUCUUGGUUUUGUGAUGAUGAAACUAAUAAUAAUAAUUUUGUGGUGAACCAAAGUGCUUUUGUGAGUUUUGGGAGCAAACCAAAUGAAGGAUUUGGAGUUUCUAGCUAUGGAAAUGUAUCGAUGAAUCAUCGAAACAUGAACAAGAGGAUGAUUGAGUUCUUGACGAAGAAUUGGAGUCCCAAAAAUGGACAAGUGAAGAUACAAAAAGAGAAAGUUCAUAAACAUAUGAUUAAAGAGAGGAUUAGAAGAGAAAAACAAAAGCAAAGUUAUUUGAACUUGUACAAAUUGCUUCCAAUGGGUACCAAGAAUGAGAAAAAUGCUAUAGUCCAAACAGCAACAAGGAGAAUUGAAGAGCUACAAAAAUACAAGGAAAAUUUAAAAAAGAGAAAUGAUGAAAUUCAAUUGAUUUUAGCACAAAGUAAUCAAGAAGAGGAGGAAUUUGAGAAGGCAAAAAUCAAAGCAAAAGUUGGUUAUCCAAUUUGUGGUGUAGAUUCAAUGCUAGAGGUUCUCAAGUGCUUGAGGAAUUGUGGAACCAAAGCAAAUUCCAUUCAAUCAAGUUUCUCUCACCAAGAAUUUUCAACAUUGAUUGAAAUAGAAACUAAGAGUGGAGCAGCAGAGAUAGAAAAAGCAGUACAAAAUACUCUAUUUGAAGUUGAAAGGAACUUUCGUGCCCAUUAUCCAAUGACUUGAUAAUUCUAAGUCACACAAAAUUAUGCAACUUGUACUCAUC